GCCGAAGCGGUCAGCGUCAUCUUGCCAUCUGCGAAUGUGCUAGACACUUCGUCUGACAUUUCAUUCUCGGGGACAUACUGCAUCGGCUUGAUGAUUCGACAGUCUCACUGUGCAUCCAGGUCGGCACCAGGACGCUCUACGCCUCGGUGUUCCUUCCAGAGGCUGAGCACGGCGUCGUCGUGCAUGUUUACUUCAAAGGGGAGGCACGGGUUGGGGACCUGGACGACACGGUGGGGCUGUGUGAACCGCGAACGGGUCUUACCAGAACGAGCUGCGUCGAGGAGGACUUUGAUAGGACGAUGUAAGGCUACAACAGCAUUCGGAGAGACGAGGAGAGACAUAUAGGAUGUCUUGGCUACUUGAGCGCUCCUGCGUCUCAACGUGUGCAGUGCGGAGUCGUCGAGGUGCGGCCGAACAGCGGCACUCAGCAGGCCGAGAGUCGAAACGAUGUUCCUCAACUCAGCGUCCGCGGGCUCUGCGCGCGUGACCGCCUUGCGAAGCGCAUCAAACCGAUCACCUAUGGUUCUGGAGAUCGCGACGCUCUUCGUCGCUGAUGGCCUCAAUCUCUGGGACCGUGACCUGAGGGAAGAACUGCGCGCGAAAGUGUUCAACCUCGGGCGCAAAGCGAUCAUAGAACGUCGCCCAAGCAAAGUCGUACACCUCGACUGCGACGUCGGCCGCCGGCGAAUCGAGCGGGGGAGGUGUGCUGUUCGUCGAGAGCGCCACCUCCCGAAGGCUCCUCCACAGGGUCUGAAAGUGGGGCUCGAGGGG